AUGGUAGAAGAGGAGCUUGGCCGUUUCGAAGAACUAGACGAGAUGGGGGAACAACUAGAAAAUGUGGAGGAGCUGGGCUAUCUCGAGCAGUUAGAAGAGCUAAGCCAUCUGGAACGACUGGAAGAGGGGGAGGAUGUGGAGGAACUGAUUUAUCUAGAACGAUUGAGGGAGCUAGAGUAA